CCAGUCACCAUACACUACACCCAACGGCCUCCGGGUGCAACACCAACGUCCUCAGAUAGAGCACCCGCCCGAUCCUGCUUGUACUCUGUGCCUGCCCGGCCGCGUGCGAGGGCGUUUUCUAGUUUAAAUUUCUUUCUUCUGCGCUGUCGUUCACUCGCUUGGCUUCCAUCCCGCCGUUUUACAUACCCCUCCACGCGUCAGCCCUAUGUAAAUUUAUCGUACGAACUCCCGUCAGCGUGCCUUAAGUUUCUGCCUCCCUUUGGUAAAACUGAAUUCUGCUCGUCUUGUUUGUCUUGCGUGUCUCAACCGCCAUGCGGAGCUCUAUACAGGCCCCCGAGGAUGAUGCCAGCUUGAAUGACUUUCUAUCUCCUUUGACCCGUCCUGUAACUGAGCAUGGUCUCCUAGACUUGGCUCGCAGGUUCGCAGAGACAUAUAAACAGCUCGCGAAAACAUCCACGGAACACUUCCUAACUACGCCUGUCACCAUCCUGCCAACUGGGAAAGAGAAGGGCAAGUUCCUGACGAUCGAUGUGGGCGGGACCAACCUCCGUGUCGGGUUCAUUGAGCUUCUUGGGGAGAAUGAGACGGAAGGCGUGGAGUGCCAAUCACUGAGCCAACUUCCUUCGAAAAUCAGGAGGUCCCAUGAGAAAUCAUGGAACAUCGAAGAGCAUAUGAAGAUGGACCAGGCCGAGGACCUGUUUGCGUGGAUAGGUGACUGUAUUGCUGAAGUCAUUACGGGUGCUCUAGACGACGCUUCAGAAAAGGGGACUGACGAAGCUCCUUUUGGUGAUGAACUACCGUUGGGUAUCACAUUCAGCUUUCCUAUGACGCAAACAUCAAUGUCAGAAGCAACGCUAAUGCCCAUGGGCAAAGGCUUCGCCAUCACAUCUGACUUGAACCUCGGGAAAAUGCUUCUGGCUGGCUACGGACGACAUAUAACUAAUCGAAGUACUGUUAACGACGAUAAGAGAGCUAGUAACAUGCCCUCAAACAAAAAGAGGAAACUUCCAUCACUACCAAGAAUCCGCAUCGCUGCUAUUACGAACGACACCGUAGCUACCUUUGCCUCCUUAGCCUAUGCGGUACGGUCCACGUCAAAUAGUCGAGUCGCAAUGGGCCUCAUCGUCGGCACCGGCACCAACGCCACCGUGCCUAUGGAGCUGGGCUAUCUCCAUCCCGAGAAAGUCGCAGAGCUUGCAACCCCUGGUAGGGCGGAUAUGAGGAAGACGGUCGUCAUCAACACCGAGUGGACCAUCCGAGGGACGGACAAGCCCUUAGUAGACCUCGACAUCAAAACAAAAUGGGAUCUGGAACUCGACAGGAACAGCGAGGCGCCCGGCUUCCAGCCAUUCGAGUAUAUGACAGCAGGGCGGUACCUAGGCGAGAUCGUACGACUUGUGUUGUUUGAUCUACUAUCCAAAGACGAUAGCGUGAAAGACAUACCACAUGGAUUAAGGAAGAAAAACGCCAUAUCAACGCGAUUCCUGUCAACGCAAGUAGCGGACGGGAGCAGCCUGGAAAGUCUCAGCGCAGAACUUGAGAAGAUAAUACCGUCGAGGUCGGCUUUUUGGACCCCACAACGGUGCGAAGUGGUUCGGAGAGUUGCGCAAGCGGUACAGCAACGCUCUUCUGCGCUUGUUGCAGCGGCGAUUGUGGGCUUGCUUGGGUGCGUGCAGGAUGUUCAGCUGCACGACGCUCGGGAGACAGACGGCGUAGAAUCGAAUCCUUCAGAAGAAAUCAUCGUGGCGUACACCGGUGGCCUGGCAUCCGGGUAUCGAUCCUGGCUCCCUGAUUGCCAGAACUGGGUUGAUGUUCUCGUUCGCAAGGGGUCGGCGACGAACGCGUCAAAGCGGGUGGUGUUGAAGGAGGCGGUUGAUGGAGGGGUCAUCGGUGCUGCGGUGUUGGCCGGAAUGACCGAGGGCACUGCAGGCAGGUAAGGUGUGUAGGUUGGAGGCACUUGGGUCUUGAGAAAUGCGUCGCAAGCAAGAGGAAGGUAGACUAGAAAACACUUUUUUUGCUCAGUCUCUUUUUUCACGUCAACAUCUGCUCUGCCUCAGGUUUCAUGCUCGUUUCCCAUGUUGAGUUGGUGGGUUUGGUGUAAGUGAU